AUGGCUCCUAAGCACUCUAGGCCCUCCUUGGACUACUUGGAUCUGGAUCAGCAGGAGAACAUAGCAGGUGUCUUUGCUUCCAAGAGGGUUAGAGUGGAGAAUUGGGUAGAUGGGGAUGAUGAGGAUGAGGAUGAGGAUGAUGAUAAAGACUAUCCUCCUGCUCAGCCUGCUGAGCCUGCUGAGCCUGUUAAGCCUGCUAGGCCUGCUAGGCCUGCUAAGCCUGCCAGACCACCCUUCAAGAAAUUCCUGCCCCAGCACCAGGUCAAUGAACUCCCAUCUUCUGUCAUAGACCCUGCCCACAUCGUCUAUGAUGAAGUGGAGGUCUUGGAGUGGGCAGCCCGAGGUCGAGCUAAAGCCCACGAAGUCUUGGCCAACGCUCCUGUCUUCCAGCUUCCAAAGCCAAUGAGGCUCUAUCCUAGCUCUACCACCAAGAAGGAGAAGUUGGCUGACAUGGAUGCAGAGUGGGAGAAGAUCAAGCCAAAGAAGUCUGUUGACUGCACCACCAUCAUUGAAGACUCGGAGGGGCAGCGGGUGCUCUACUAUCUUGGUAGGCGCCCUGAGACUGACACACCUGGGGAUACUCCUCACCCUAUUGAAUCACUCUAUGAAGGGCGCACAAAGAGGGAUGUCGAUAUUCUGAGAAAUAAGGGUGUCUCUAUCCAGAAUGAUGCUCUCACUUCUGUCAGUUUUACACCUCCCAUGUUCAGCCUGUCCUUCCUGAAAAGGAUCGUCGUCACGAGGGGGAUCGAGAAGACAUCAACACUCACCUCUUUCGAUACCAACGAGGCAAACGGGAGAAGAAGAGCAAUGAGAGAUCCGGAGUGGGCCAUCUCAUUCAUUGCUGGACCCAGCAAGGGGAUUCUCACUUUUGAUAUUGGAGUCAAGAACGAUCUCAAGACACCCAAAAACCCCAAGUCUGAUAGACUUGAGGUGACAAAGAAGUUCUACACCCUCUCUGCUCCCUUUGCCACGUACUUUGGUGCUCUGUUUGAGGUCUUCUAUCCUGAUCUCUAUCAACGCUACCAGAAGGAGUUUGAUGCAGGGAGCUGGAUCCCUCAUGACCCUGGACCUUGGCUUGGACGUGCCCUUGUCUGGAAACUCCCUCUCGACCUCCACUUCGACCAUGGUGACAUUGGGCCUACUCUCACUAUUCCCCUUGGUUUCUUCCAUAAUGGCGAGAUGGAGUUCCCUGCCCUUGGGGCAGUGUUUCAGUACCGUGCUGGAGACAUUAUCCUUGGCUGGGACUGCAAAUUUGCCCACAAGGUUCGGGACUGGAAAAUUGCUAGGCAUGCUCUAGGCCAAGAUCUCAGCCGUGAGAAUGGUCCCAAUGUCCAGUGCCCUGAGUGGUUCUCUGGGGGCCGAGUUGCCUUGGUUUUCUUCUCUCAUGCCAUCACAGUGACUAGGCUGGAGGACAAGCCAGAGGGGUUUUUUGCCAAAUACCCCAAGCACCAUGAGCUGAAGGCCCAGGAUAAGCAUGGGAAUACUGUACUGGAUCCUUGGGAGUUGUGUGAGUGUGGGUGGUCAGAGUGUGAGCAGGAGAAUGAGGAGAAGUUGAAGUUGCAGCCUGUUUGGAGGGCUGAGGGGAGACUAGCCACCAGACUCAAGGGCAAGGGCAAAGGCAAGGGGAAAGAAUGA